CUUCCCCUCCGGCCGGGGCCGUCGCCAUUGCCGAAGGCUCCUUGCCCUCCCCUCCCGGCGCCUGCGGGGCUCGGCUGCCGCUCGGCCUAGCGGUAGCAGCGGCUGCGCUACAGCGCGGCUCCUCUUCUCGUCCCCCUUCCCCUUCCGUCUCCUUCCCGCCGCGAGCCGCGCGCUUGCCCAGGGCGGCUCCGGACCCCGCCGGGAGCUCGGACGGAGGCGCCUCGCUGGGGCGGGGACCUUUCCUCGCCUGGGAAGCAGAAAGAGAAGGAAAAAAUAGCUCCUAUUGCCAUGAAGAAAUACUGAUUGUUUUCUUCUGUGAUCAGAAUUGAGUGACACUGCAUCUUCAUUUUAGGAUCACUAACCUGAUUAAGAGUAGUCAAUCUGAACACUCACACGGGAUUUGCAUUCUAGCUUACUAGUAUCUCCGAGGCCGUAUUCAUAAUUCUGAAUCAUGUCUGAUAACGGAGAACUGGAAGACAAGCCUCCGGCACCUCCUGUGAGAAUGAGCAGUACCAUUUUUAGCACUGGAGGCAAAGACCCUUUGUCAGCUAAUCACAGUUUGAAACCUUUGCCCUCUGUUCCAGAGGAAAAAAAGCCCAGGAAUAAAAUCAUCUCUAUAUUCUCAGGCACAGAGAAAGGAAGUAAGAAGAAAGAGAAGGAACGACCAGAAAUUUCUCCUCCAUCUGAUUUUGAGCACACCAUCCAUGUUGGCUUUGAUGCUGUUACUGGAGAAUUCACUGGCAUGCCAGAACAGUGGGCUCGAUUAUUACAGACCUCCAAUAUCACCAAACUAGAGCAAAAGAAGAAUCCUCAGGCCGUGCUGGAUGUCUUAAAGUUCUAUGACUCCAACACAGUGAAACAGAAAUAUCUGAGCUUUACUCCUCCAGAGAAAGAUGGCUUCCCUUCUGGAACACCACCACUGAAUACCAAGGGAUCGGAAACAUCAGUGGCAGUAACAGAGGAAGACGACGAUGAUGAAGAGGCUGCUCCCCCUGUUAUUGCCCCACGACCAGAUCACACAAAAUCGAUUUACACGCGGUCUGUAAUUGACCCUAUUCCUGCACCAGUUGGUGAUUCUAAUAUUGAUGGUGGUGCCAAGUCUUCUGACAAACAGAAAAAGAAGACCAAAAUGACAGAUGAAGAGAUUAUGGAGAAAUUAAGAACUAUUGUGAGCAUCGGUGACCCUAAGAAAAAAUACACAAGAUACGAAAAAAUUGGGCAAGGGGCUUCUGGAACAGUUUUCACUGCUACUGAUGUGGCUUUGGGACAGGAGGUUGCUAUCAAACAGAUUAAUUUACAGAAACAACCAAAGAAGGAAUUGAUCAUUAAUGAGAUUCUGGUGAUGAAAGAAUUAAAGAAUCCCAACAUAGUUAACUUCUUGGACAGUUACCUGGUGGGAGAUGAAUUGUUUGUAGUUAUGGAGUACCUUGCUGGGGGAUCACUUACUGAUGUUGUAACAGAAACCUGCAUGGAUGAAGCACAGAUUGCUGCUGUAUGCAGAGAGUGUUUACAGGCAUUGGAGUUUUUACAUGCUAACCAAGUGAUCCACAGAGACAUCAAAAGUGACAAUGUGCUUUUGGGGAUGGAAGGAUCAGUUAAACUUACUGACUUUGGUUUCUGUGCCCAGAUCACCCCUGAACAGAGCAAGCGAAGUACCAUGGUUGGCACGCCAUACUGGAUGGCACCAGAGGUGGUGACACGGAAAGCUUAUGGCCCUAAAGUGGACAUAUGGUCUCUGGGUAUCAUGGCUAUUGAGAUGGUAGAAGGAGAGCCUCCAUACCUCAAUGAAAAUCCCUUGAGGGCCUUAUACCUGAUAGCAACUAAUGGAACCCCAGAACUUCAGAACCCAGAGAAACUUUCCCCAAUAUUUCGGGAUUUCUUAAAUCGAUGUUUGGAGAUGGAUGUGGAGAAAAGGGGUUCAGCCAAAGAAUUGUUACAGCAUCCCUUCCUGAAACUGGCCAAACCGUUAUCUAGUUUGACACCACUGAUUAUGGCAGCUAAAGAAGCAAUGAAGAGUAACCGUUAACAUCAUUGCCGUGGCCUCAUAUUCUUUGUUCCAUUUGUAAAAGAAGUCCUUUAAUAUAUGAAAAUUAUUACUCUUUUGGGGUUUAAGGAAACGGUCUGCAUAACAUGGAGGAAAUAAAAAAAACAAACUACUACUUCCUGAAGACAACCAAGAGAAAAUUGCAAAACAGAAUGACAACUUUGUAUUGAAUCCCAUCUUUAGGGUCCAAAAGGAAUUGUGGACUGAAUCACUAGCCUUACUUUUUUCAGCAGACAGCCCUUCAGGGCCAUUUAUCAUGCUUGAGAUUUGCAUUUUAUUUUGCUGACUUCAUUGUAAUAGAUCCCAUUCAUUGCCCCUCUUGGGGUAUUUUCAAUACUUGAAUGGCAGAUUCGAGUUUUUCAGAGUAUUUGUUUCAUCUGCUAGUCUUUUCUCUCUUUGUAGCUUUCUUUUUCCUCGACUUGCUCCGUUUGAGUUGUUUUCCUUAGGCCUAAAUUAGAGGCAAGUUUAAUAGAAAUUAUUUAGCUCCUUAUAUUGUUAAAGGAACUUGAUAUGGUUUAACUUUGUAUAGAAGUUAGGACCAGCUAUUGUUACAUGAAAUAUUUCGGUUCAGAAUUUGAACUGGGGGAAGGGAAGAAAAGUAUGUGAUUUUUACCUUUUUUAACAAAUGUGAAAGUCAGUUUUAGAAAUUUCAUGAUAGUGAGGUGUUUGGCAUUUGUUACAUGUAUAGAGAGACUAAUAAUCUAUAUUUAUAACUGAAUCAUUGAGACAAAAAAAGAACCCCAUUGACUACAUCCUUACAAUUUUAUUUUCCCUUGACUGUUUCUUCUUCAGAUUUGGCUUCAGGAACCAAAGCAAUUUGUCCUUGUUCCAUCUUGGACUUGUAUGACUUUGGUUGAUGCCGCUAGUACUUUCCCCUUCCCUUUUCCUCCCCCUUCAUUUUGGAAAUAAGUUUCUGUAUAUGUUGUAAUUUUAGUUUGUUUUUUAGUGUAUGUGCUGCUGAAGCGAGCACUAAUUUUAGUUUGUUUUUUAAUUAACCCUCUCUCACCCUACUCCCCACCCGAAGGUAAAUAAUAUAAUAACCAUUGGAUUUUCAGAAUUUAAAAGGUAACUCUUUUUCCAUUUAAAGGAGAAAAAUAUUUGAAGCUAGUAGAGACAAAGUGAGGGUAUUGAAUCUUAGUGAGCUCUAAAAUAAUUAAAUGAGAUGAUAUUCAUGAAAGAGAAAUGUCGGUUACAUAAAGAUUCAGCUGCUAACCAGUAAACUGUAGAGAUUUGUUAUAAACAUUGUUCCCGACCCAUUACCAACGUUUUAUUAUCCGAGACCUUAAAUGACAGAGUAUUUCUUGAUAAAUUCAUGGAUCAUUUGAGAUGUUGAGCUACUUGUGAUUUUUUUCAAAUAAGUAAAUAAUAUUCAUGUUAAAAAACUGGAAAAAGAAAAAUGAAAUGUGCUUGUUUAUAGCUACUUUAUUUUAAAGAUUUUUAAAAGGUCUGUGACCUGCAGCAUUAAUUACUAGACUGCCCUCUCUUCUCUCCUCCCCUCCUCUUCUUCCUCUCCUCUUCCUUUCUCAUUUUUUUUUUUUUUUUUUUACAUUUGGAUGUAGUGUCGCACCUUCUGGCGUGCCAAGAGCCACAUAAAAGAGAAAAAUCAGUGGUUUGGUUCUGGAACAGAAUGUUCCCACUAUUCUCUGCUAAUUAAUUUCAUACCUACUUGCCAUCCUGCAAUAGUACAGAUAAUGAAUAAAAACAGUUUUGAUGAUUUGGAGUACACUGUGGGGAACUAACACAGUUUUAUGUCCUGUCAUUCCCAUCAUCUGUGUUAAGAUACAAGUAAUGGAUUUUUUAUUGAUAAUGCAAGAAGGUUUUCACAAAAAUGAGUAAAAUAAUGCAACUUUUAUCUAGAGCACUUAAUGGGCUGUUUUCAAUUUGAUUCUUGAUUUUAUGUUUCCCUGGAUUAUAUUAGCCCCCUAUAGCUAUUACUAAAUUACUUUACAGAAGCAAGCUGGUUUAUUUCUGGUGGAAAGCUACAUUGCCUUUUGAGUUCCAGAUUUGAACAUUCUUUGUAAAUAGUUGUCUGGAUGGAUUGUGAUAAAGAAGAUGCUUCCGAUGAAAUAGAACCCGACUAGAUGAUGAGACUGUGAUCAUCAUGACCUCUCUAGACGGCACUUCAUAUAUAAGUCAUAAAGACCAUGUGCAUUGAAUACAGUGCCAAUGCCCCAUUGUUAUUCCUGUGACUCAACAAAGGUCUUUUCAGUUUAUAGAAGCAGUUUGGGAUUUGUAUUUACAACUUUUGAUGGUUACCUGCACGUCCAUUGCUGGCAACGGACUUUGUCAUUAAAAUCUGACUCCUAGGUUAAGGGAGCUACACUGUGGUUUAUUCUUUACUUACUUGGAUAAACUAACUUGUAAUAGAAAUAUACUUUGGUUAAUUCUGAAAUGUGUCAUUUUUAAACAAAAUAAUCUUAAAAGCAAUACAGAAUUGUGAUUUACUAGUUAAUUUUAAAUUAAAAUGUUUAGAUUUUGUUGAAAGAAAAAUUAUAUCUGAAUCAAGAUUCAUGUUUUUUAAUAACUGCCUUUUGUAUUCACCCUUUUGUCAUCACUUUAAAAUGAAAAUUCCCAUUUAAAUAUAAAUGUUACCUUAGUAGUCUUCUUGUGUUAUUAGGACAAUAUUGCUAUAGUACUUAUUUAUUUUAUUUCAGACUCUAGUGGUCUUAAAGUUUCCUUCUCCUCUUGUUCCUUUUGCUGCUCUUAGGGACAGUUAAAACUGGGAAACCAUGAAAAUACUGAAUAAUUUAUCCUACGUAGGAUAGUAAACAAGUAGAGUGAUUGUGAUAGCAAUAGAAACCAAGGCUAACACAACUCUCUUCAUGUGUUGAGUGCCUGGCACAUAGUAUACAUUCUCUUUCUUUCCACAUAUAAAUAUUAAGCUGCUUAAAAUGUAUCUAGUUACCACCAGUCCUAAACGAACCUGUGCCUUUAAUAAGUAAUUUAAAACUACCUAUGACUUUUCUUUUAGGGCUCACAUAAAUACAUGUUUGUUUAAACAUACUGUACUCUUGCCAGAAUAAUUCUUGAUCUGGUCAGGCAGUAGCUAUAGUUAGAAAAAAAUGGAUGCAUCAGUUUUUUAAUCUAAAAGUUUUAAAAUAUACUGAGAUCCAUAUCCAGUGAAAUGUCAAAAAAUUAUUAUGGAAUAUAGCUAAAAUCCAGACUUUUUAUAGUGGAAUUUCAUAAUGUAAAACGCAGAUGUCCUUGUCUCCAUUGCUCCUACAAUAGAUAUUUAAACAAUUAAAAUCCGUUUUUCCCACAGUGCGUGCAAAUGCAUGUGUAAGAAAGGAAAAGACACACAUUUUUUUCUCUCACUCAACACAUUUAUUGACUACUUUGGCAAAGAUACUGUGGUAGAUAUUGUAGGAAUUUUACAAAGGAGAAUCAAGCACUGACCUGGCCUUGAGAGAACUGAAGUGUUUCUCCAUCAUUCUGCAAUGUUGCCAAAUGAGAAGGAGAAAGGAAUGUAUAAUAAGUCUAUCAAACAAAUUUUCAUUCUGUAUUAAGAAAAACAGAAUUAUAGUUGAAAUUGAACAUCUUUGGUAGGAACGUAUUGCUUUUUUUUUGGUAGAUAGAAAUGGAACUAAGUUGAAAGCAGCUUUUCUGUUUUGUCUUCAAAUUUUAUAUUGACUUUUAUUUUUAAUUUAAUCCUAUUCAAUUAUUUAAUUGUUACAUUGACAUUAACUGCUGUAUUUGAUGACUGUUCAAUAAUUUUGUUCUUUCAGGGCUAGAAAUAAACUUUUUUUAUGUUUAUUUUUUCCUUUCCUAAACUCAAUUCUUUAAAUUAGAAUACCUUAAAAGAAUAAGUGUAAUAGGUUUUCAAAGAGCAUUAUAUAGUGUUUUUAAAGAUAAAUGUUUUUUAAACAUGUCAUGGCACCAUUUUGAAUGUACUACAAGGCCCAAAUUAGGUUUCCAGAAAUGUAUGGGUAGUAAGCAUGAGCCCUCCCUCUUCUAAACCAGGUUCAGAAUAAAUUUAGAAAUGUUCUGACCAUCAGACCCAGGGAAACACUUCUGAUCUGUUUGAUUCCUUCAGUAAGUUGGCCUCAAAUUCUAAUGCUAACCUAGCAGAGGUAGUGAGAAUCUUACUACCAUGUUUCCCUGAAAAUAAGACCGGGUCUUAUAUUAAUUUUUGCUCCAAAUGACGCAUUAUGUGUAUUUUCAGGGGAUAUCUUAUUUUUUCAUUUACAACAAUCUACAUUUGUUUAAAUACAGUCAUGUCAUCUUCUGGAACAUUGUCAUAACGUACUAUAUGCGUCCGUCUGGCUGAUGAUUUUAGCAGGCUUAUUUUCGCUGUAAGUCUUAUUUUUGGGCAAACACGGUAGCAUUUCUGUGUUAACUGCACCAAGACAGCUUUAAAAGUGCAAUACUUUAAUGCAUCACUUCAUUAUACACAUUUAAUUUGGAAGGUUGGAUACCUUGACAUGGAGAUCAGCUGCAAUAUAGAGUUCACUAUCGCAAACCAAAAUUCCACAUUUUUAGCAAUGACUGCUUAAAAUAUAUUUGUUCCACUGUAAACCUGUUUAGUGCUAUUCUAACAUUUGUAUUUCUUUAAUUACAGCAAAUUCUUAAAAGAUUUGCCUAAGAAAAGUUCAAAAUGCCUGUGUGAUGGAUUUGAAAAGCACUAUUUGUAUGAGUUUAAAGCAUUUAAAUUAAAUUAGGAAAUUAUUUUUUUAUGCUAAAUUAUUUAACAAGUUUUAUCUUUUGAAGAGGAGGAGGAGGAGUAGAACAAUGAAGGGAAAGGUCUUUUUUGUAAGCCUAGUUAUUUUAGCCAUUUAACAAAAUAAUGUACAUAGAUUGAAAAUUCGAAUACUAAUCUUAAAGGAGUUGUAAUGUCUCCAGCUUUCAACUUCCCCACUGCCAAGUCCUGCUCCACAGACGCAUCUAUUUUUAACUCUGAGCUGUUUUUAGCAUGCAUUAAUCUUCACCUCUCUAAAUUAUAUACUUAUACUGGUUUUUCUUGACGUUUCUAUAUACUUUCUCUAGUAAUUUCCAGUUAUGAUGGUUGAAAAUUUGGGUACUGUCAUACCAUUGCAUUCUCCCAUUUCUACUCCCUUAAUCUCUGAAUUAAGAGAGAUGGCAGUUUUUUAUUCAAUUAGUAGUCAGUUUUUACCUUAAUGAUUAUGCGGGAGUGUUGUUUGUUUGAGUCAAGUAAGUUAUCAUUACAUGUCAUUUCCUGUACAACUCUGAUUUUCCUGUUGUUAAUUUUCUUGUCUUUGUUGCCUUUGAAAAUUUCUUUUAUCACUUAGUUUUCCCAAACUCCCCACAAAAUUACAAAAGCCCUCUGAAAACUAUUUUCUAUAGUCUCACAUAAUGACAGUUCCUUUUUCUUUCCUGGAACUUGAUUGGGGCUGUAGUUUGCACUGUUGCUGUCCAGGCCUUCUGCUCCUGUGGCAUCUGAAACUCAACAUCACUUUACUCUUGAGUUAGAUCCUUUGUUUCCUGAACACCAUAUCUUCUUGCUUGGCUUAUUCCCUCAUUCUGGAGAAGUACAUCUUUGACUUGCUUCCUGAGAAAGGGUAUGUAGAGGUAAGAUUUUUAAGAACUUGAAUGUCUGAAAACGGCUCAUGUUUAACUGAUGCUGCAGGAUUUUAGGUUGGAAUCAUCUUCCUUGAGUAUUUUGAAGUCACUGCUUCAUUGUCUUAUAGCCUGCCAUUUCUGAUAAUACCUUUGUAUAUAACCCAUUUCUCUGCUUCUCUGGAGCUUUUUUCCUGAAAUUUUACCAUCAGGUGCCUUGGUAAGAGUACAUAUGUUUUAAUAAGCUUUGGGCAUUUGGCAGGCUGUCUUGGUCAGACUUACUUCCUUCAGUUCUGGGAAAUUCUUGUAUUUAAUAAUUACCACAUUUUCUUCCAUUAUUUCUUUUCAGGAAUUCCACCAUUAUAAUGUUUUUCUUAUCUUUCUUUCCUGCUUUCCAUCGUUUUGCCUUUUGUUUUUAACUUUCUGGGAGAAUUUCCUUGAUUUGAUCUCUGACUUGGUGAACAUAUAUCAAGUAUCACAUUCUUAAUUUUCAAAAGCUGAUUUUUGUUUUCUGAUCUCCCUUUUUAUAGCCUUCUGGUCUUAUUUCAUAAAUUCAGUAUCUUUCCCGAGGUAUUAAUUAUAAGAGUUUUUUCUUGGUCAGUUCAGGUUGCCAUAACAAAAUACCAUAGAUCAAGUGGUUUAAACAAAAAUUUAUUUCUCACAGUUCCAGAGGCUCAGAAGUCCAAGAUCAAGACGCUGACAAGGUAGGUUUCAUUCUGAUGCGUCUUGACUUGCAGGCUGCCACCAUCUUGCUGUGUGCUUACAGGAUCCCCUCUAUGUAUGUGCACAUCUCUUUGGUGUCUCUUAUAAGGACACUAACCUAUCGUGAGGCCCCACCCUCAUGACUUCAUCCAACCCUAAAUUCCUCCCACAGGCCCCAUCUUCAAAUCCCAGUGGGGGGAGGGGGAGGGUUAGGGCUUCAUACAAAUGUUGGGGGAACACAAACAUUCAAGCCAUAAUAGGUCUUUUUUUCCAAAGUUUUUGUUUUCAAUCUCUGGACUUGUAUAUUUUUUCUGGGUUUUUAAAACUUGUUUUUAACUAUCACAAAGAUUUUUUUAUAGAUGUCUGAUGAAACAACACUUGUAGCACUGACUGGCACUGCACUAAACAAAUAACUAACUCACACAUUGAUUUUUCUCAGUUCUCAGCUGGGCUCUUGAUACUGUCCACUAACCAUUCAUUUUGCUCCUGGGUGUUUAUUUCCCCCCUCCCUUUUUCUCCAAGCUAUGAGUAUCUCUCUCAUGAUUCCCAACCCCUUUAUCCCACUAUCAGCAAUUUCUUCUACCCUACUUCCAGAACUUUCUGGGUUUCUGUCUUUGCCUCCUUCCUUUCGAUCUCAGUGGGAGACAUUCUUCAUCUCAGUGCUAACCCCAUCAAGGAUCUGUUCUCCAUCUUCCACCACUUCCCAGGUCUCAGGCCACUGAUUUAUCCUGGCUCACAUGUCCCUCCUCGCUAACCCUCAGCAAAACAAGCAUGUUCACAUAUCUUUUAAAACAAACUUCCUUUGACUUUUCUCAACUAAACUUCUAGAAAGAGGAAACCAGACUGUUUUGUCUUCAUUAGCAUAUUGUAUCUGCCCUCAACAUGUCAAUUGAAACUACUCUUGCCAAUAUCAAGGACCACUGAAUUUCCAGGAGAUUCUGAAAACAUCAAAAAGGUGACUCCCUCAGCCGUUAGCUAGUGUGCUCACUGGUGCUUUGAGGAUUCCUAAGAUUCUACUUAUCAGACUUCUUGUUGUGAAAUAGAGGACACUUAUUAGCUUUUUAAAAAUGCUAUGACCCUGCAUUUAUUUUGGGCUAAGGUCCAGAAUAUAAUGUAGGUGUUGAUAUGGUCAGCUUUUAGUAAGAUUCUGUUUUCACCAUUGAAUGUACAAUAUGCAAGCAGCUCUUGGUGAACUUAACAAUUGGAGGGGAAAAGUGGUAAUAAAAACAUUCUUUAAAAAUUUCUUCACAACUUAAUUUAUAAUAUACAUUGAAUAACAUAUGCCUUCCUGAUGAUUUUGUUUAGUCUUAAGUGUUUUCAUUCCUUCAGUUUGUUUAUGUGGGCUCCCAAAGGAGAACGGCUUAUCUAGGAAUGUGCUAAGUGGUAAAGGAAAGCCAGCUCAGCCUUAAGAACCAUUUGUAGAUUCUUGGUCAGAAAUUAAGAUGAGUACCUAAGAGAUUUUUAUAGCCUCAAUUAUCCUGAUUAUAACUUUCACCUAUACAUCUUUUUGUUAGGGAAAAAGACUAAAAAUGCUGCAUUUCUAGAAAAUAUGUUCAGUAAAUAGUGAUAGCCUUUAUAUAAAUUUGUAACGCAGAGGUUAAUUUGAAAGGAACAACAUUCAUGUAGAUAUAUAAUUUGUUACACUUAUUAAAAGAUAACCUAUCACAUUACCUUAUAUCAACUCUCCCACUUUGUGUUCCGUAGCAGAUGAAAACGUCUUGCCCUCGUUGCACUGCCUUUUUUUUUUAAACAAAAUGGAGUAAUGGUGCCAUAUACAUUCCUGUCUUUCAUUCUUAGGUCUGUAGAUCUGUACAGCAUCAUGCAUGCAUUGCCAAAAAGUAUUGUUCACUAUUUCUUAAUCACUUCACUGUGAGAGUUAUAUUUAAAAACAGAAAUGCACCAUUUUCAAAAACUAUCUGGUCUGGGCCAUAAGAUUAAGGGAUGUAUAACAGCACAAUCUAAUUCAGGUUGCUUUAUUAUAUUGUCAUUAAAAUUUUUAAGGAGUUUUCUAGUUGAAACUAGAAGACAUCUUAAUCACGUUCAAUAUUCCUUACUCUUUAGGAUACUUUAAGUUUUGCUGCUAAUGACUUUGUUGAAGAGCUUUGUUUUUCAAUAAACUGAAAAAACCCUCAACCAUAUAUGAGUUUUUACUACAGACAUUGUUACUAUUGUAAUCGUACUUUUUUCCUUGGUGAUAUUAGAAGUGUUCACAUGUUUUAUCAUUUCUCUUGUUCAUCUACAGAUUUUUCAGAGUAUGUUCCAAAACUAAGGCAUUAUUGAAAAAUAAAUCUAGGCCAUGGACUGUUGGAUAUAUGGAUUAGCCACUUGCCUAUAUUGUCAGCCAAGCAA